AACACGUCUUCCGUUUCCUCCAUUGUCCGAGACUCUUGUUUACGUGAGGACUUAAAAUCAAAACAGUCAUUCAGUAGAUCUCUUUUUUUUCUACGGGGCGUUGGAAUAUUAGAGGUCCUGUACUGGCACUUUGGAGAAGCAUUGCAUAAGGGCGUGAGAUGAAAUGACAACGUCAACAUUACAGAAAGCGAUCGAUCUGGUGACCAAAGCCACAGAAGAGGACAAGGCGAAGAACUAUGAAGAGGCGCUGCGUCUGUACCAACACGCGGUGGAGUAUUUCCUGCAUGCCAUCAAGUAUGAGGCACACAGCGACAAGGCCAAGGAAAGUAUCCGAGGGAAAUGUGUGCAGUACCUGGACAGGGCGGAGAAGCUCAAGGACUACCUGAAGAACAAGGACAAACAGGGGAAGAAACCCGUGAAGGAGGCACAGAGCAAUGACAAGGGGAGUGACAGUGACAGUGAGGGCGAAAACCCUGAGAGAAAAAAACUCCAGGAGCAGCUGAUGGGUGCCAUUGUGAUGGAGAAGCCCAAUGUCAGGUGGAGCGAUGUGGCUGGACUAGAAGGUGCCAAGGAGGCCCUGAAGGAAGCAGUUAUCCUGCCCAUCAAAUUUCCACACCUUUUCACAGGAAAGCGCACCCCUUGGCGGGGGAUUCUGCUCUUCGGCCCUCCCGGGACAGGGAAGUCCUACCUGGCCAAGGCCGUUGCCACCGAGGCCAACAACUCCACCUUCUUCUCCAUCUCGUCCUCUGACCUGAUGUCCAAGUGGCUGGGAGAGAGUGAGAAACUGGUGAAGAACCUGUUUGAACUGGCCCGACAGCACAAGCCCUCCAUCAUCUUCAUCGACGAGGUGGACUCCCUGUGCGGCUCCAGGAACGAGAACGAGAGCGAGGCGGCGCGCCGCAUCAAGACCGAGUUCCUCGUGCAGAUGCAGGGUGUGGGCAACAACAAUGAUGGGAUCCUGGUUCUGGGAGCAACCAACAUCCCCUGGGUCCUGGACGCUGCCAUCCGCAGGAGGUUCGAGAAGCGCAUCUACAUCCCCCUCCCGGAGGAACCGGCCCGGGCACAGAUGUUUCGUCUGCAUCUGGGCAACACCCCCCACAGCCUGAGCGAGAGUGACCUGCGUGAACUCGCCCGCAAGACCGACGGAUACUCAGGCGCUGACAUCAGCAUCAUCGUGAGAGAUGCUCUGAUGCAGCCCGUGAGGAAGGUGCAGUCUGCCACGCACUUCAAGAAGGUCAGGGGGCCGUCCCGUAGCAACAGUUCGGUGCUGGUGGAUGACCUUCUUACCCCUUGCUCCCCUGGUGAUCCUGAUGCCAUGGAGAUGACCUGGAUGGAUGUACCCGGUGACAAACUGCUGGAGCCCAUUGUGUGCAUGUCUGACAUGCUCCGCUCGCUGGCCACCACCCGACCCACGGUGAACACAGAAGACCUGCUGAAGGUCAAGAAAUUCACUGAGGACUUUGGACAGGAGGGCUAAGCAGGGCGGGGCCAGAAACGUACCGCCCACAGCCCCACCCACACAACUCCCCCCACCUCUAAUCCGGACCGUCUACACUACCCUGCGCUGGCAGGACCGAAGGAGCGCUCUACUUUAUGUUGUGUUUGUCUCUGACCGGACAGUGUUCUAAGCGUCCCUCAGACCGAAAGGACUCCUGUUUGUAUUGCUGCUUGUUAAUGUGCUUUGUUUAUUUUGGAGGACAGCGGGGUGGAAAGAGCUUCUCGAAAUAAGUGUGUGAUUGUACAUACGUGCGUACGCGUGCGCGGACGUGUACGCGCAAGCGCGUGGGGGAGUGUGUGCCCACGUGCAUUCGACAGACCUUUCCGUUAAAACACUAGUUCGGAGUAGGGCAGUAUGGAGUUUUCUUGAUAACUGAGUAUCAAUUAAUCAGCAUAACUCUUUCACAGUCACUCUAGUUCUGUCGCAGUCAUGUUGCCUGCAGUGUUACUCAUCUAACUGUCCGUUUUUAUUUAUUUUUUUGGAUUUUAUUUAUCACCAAAAGGAAUUAGAAGUGCAAAUGCUCACCCUGACUCAUCGGCCCUCUUUGUGAUGGCUUGGAAGGGUUACUGCAGGGCUUGUCAUGACGAUGGGUUUUGGGUUGCAGUCUUUGUCUGAAACGGCCUCACAGGCCAUAUGGCUAUGAAGGAGAAGGGGUUAAAAAUGCACUUAUCUGUCUCUCUGUAGCGUAAGACAUUGUGUGGAAUGAUACUGAGCUGCAAAUACAAUUGCGCAUCUUUUCUCCAAGAACGAUUAUUUGUUUUCGAUUACCGUCGUCUUCUUGGUAUCUCUAUACAUUGAGCCGUACAGUCUAACUGCGAUGUUUGUUGGUCUGGUCUCCUUGGAGACGGUACGGAAUAUGCCCGUCGCCGUGACGGCCAGGUUUGCCUGAACCUAUUAA